AUGUCCGGAGAACUCAACGUCGCUGCAGUGCUUCACCCGAAGCCUGAAAAGUUCCAGGAGGUUGCUGCCCUCGUCACUGAAGUGGUCAAGAAGGUCAAAGAGCAUGAGCCCGACACCUUGCUCUACUAUGCUUUCCAGGUCCAGGAGAAGAAUGAGAUUGUGAUUAUCGAAAGAUAUAAGAACCAAGAAGCCAUCAAGACUCAUGUUAAAGCCCCCUAUUUCAAAGAGUUCGCGGCCAAGAUUCCAGACUUAUCUGAAAAGCCCUGGGAGUUGCGAGCUGGAACAUUCUUGGGAGGCGAGCGGGGAGUGUCGCGGCUGUAA